GGACCCGGAGGAGGAGGCGGCGGCGAAACUGCACCACCAGUCAUCACAACUCAAACGAAAAAGAAGAAAACAAUGAACACACAAAGCGGAAGCACACACCAAGAACUAAUUAACUCACAGAAAUAAUCUUGAAAAAUAAAAAUAAAAAAUACUAGGGUUUGUGUUUGGGAAUAAAUUAGGAAAAGCAACGUAAAAAAAAUCUCAAAUCAGAGGGCUCUUGAUACCAUGUUAAAUUUACGCAAAAAAUAUGAGAAAACGGCUUAAUGAGCCUUUACCAUUAAUCAUAUAUAUAUAUAGGCUUACAACAUUAACCUAACUCACCAAAAAACUCCUAAUAAGAUAUACACAAAUAUAUUCACAAAAUAUAUCUAACUUAACAUAAAUAUAUCAUAACAUUUUUUGGCUGUUUGACCACCUAAAAAAGCCAAAAGCUAAUAAAAAAAGCCAUCAAAAAGCCAAUUACCAAAUAUGGCCAAAGUCUUGAUUUUUGUAAGGUGUGGGACCCAGAUUAGCUCCGCCAAUGCUAACCAUAGACUAGUAGAUUAAAAAUAAAAUUGACUUGUAAAAUGACAGAGUCUCCUCUUCAAUUAUUAUAACUUGACGGUGCUUAAGGUUUAUCACUCACACCCCUGCCUGCUCUAUUUUCUGAAGUGUUAAUCCACCCUCCCCUUUUCCAAAACAAAACAAAAUAAAAUAAAAUUUAAAAAAAAAAAAAAACAAAAAAAAAAAAAACCAAAUGGGCACAAUCAUGAAUAGAAAGAAUUUGUUGCAAGUAUACAUUUUGCAAUUGUUGGUCGAUUUUUCUUUAGGAAAAGACACCAUUUAUCCCGGCGAAUCUAUCAACGAAAGUAACGAAACAAUAACCUCUAGAAAUGGCGUUUUUGCAUUUGGUUUUACAUACCCUUUCACGGAUUACAGUACUGCUGGUAUAUGGCACAGUACUGCUGGUAUAUGGUACAACAAACUUCCUGAACAGACUAGUGUGUGGACAGCGGACGAGGAAUAUUACCUUGAAAGCGAACUGCCCCAACUUAAUCUGUCUCUUCAAGGUAACUUAACAUUCAACUAUAGCGAGAACUAUAUCAUGGUGAAUUGGUCAAGCAGUUCAUCCUCAGAGUACAAUUCCACAAAAUUAGUCCUCGAGGACAAUGGUAAUCUGGUGCUUAAGUUAAUUUCAGAUCCCAACAUCAUCCUCUGGCAGAGUUUUGAUCAUCCUUCAGAUACGUGGUUACCUGGUGCCAAGGUCGGGUUCAAUAAGCUUACUAGCACACAACAAGUCUACGAAUCCGGUGGUUACUCUUUUCAGAUGGAUAAAAAUACAUUUAACUCUAUUAGUCUUAAGAAUGGCUCUUGUAGGGUUAAAGAAAAAUCUAUCUCUUGUAUGUUAAUAUUAGGCUGGUAUUAUGGUCAAGCAGAAAUGGAUCUGUUUGAUCACACCUCCGUCUCCCUCAUGUCAAAUGUGAACGAGACAUAUUUUACUUAUUCACAGACAGACUCCUCCAUCUUAACACGAUUUAUGCUCGACAAAGCCACUGGGUUAUUAACUCAAUAUAUGUGGUUAGAAGAUUACCAAGUCUGGAUGCCAUCCAAAUGGAGGUUGGCUGACACAUUUUGUGAUCAAUUUGCAGUCUACAACAAUAAAAAGGAUCAUUUGCCACACUGUACAUGCUCUACUAGAACAAGAUGUGUUAACACAAGUCCUUUCCAAUGUCAUGAUGGCGAAAAAGAUGGCUUUCUACUGCUUCACAAUGUGACAUUACCUUUGGAGGAUGGAUAUUUCAGUAGUAAAGAUAUGUGCAACUUAGAUUGUAUGCAAAAUUGCGACUGUGAAGCCUAUGCUGGUGGCGGUAACUUAAAUUGUCAGAAUUGGUAUAGCUUGCUAGGUCUUGCUUAUACUUCAGGAUCAUCAGACCUCAAACUUGCUAAAUCUAACAAGAGAAUGGCUAAGCCAAGAAGCAUAUAUUUAGUUAUAGGAGCAGCAAUUGGUGGAUUAAGUCUAAUUAUUACUGUGCUGGUUGUAAUUUGGAAGAGCAGAGGCAGAAAAGCCAUUCAGGCAGUGGAGGGCUCAUUAAUUCUCAUGAAACACAGUGCUCUCCGCCGUGCAACAAAGAAUUUUUCAUGUAAGUUGGGUGAAGGAGGGUUUGGUUUUGUCUACAAAGGAACCUUGCCAAAUUCAUCGCGUGGUAUAGCAGUGAAGCAUCUCAAGAUCCAAGGCCAAGGAGAGAAACAAUUCAGAGCAGAAAUAAGCACCUUAGGAACAAUCCAUCAUUCCAAUCUUGUGCGUCUCUGGGGUUUUUGCAUUGAAGCCUCAAAGAGAUUUCUAGUCUAUGAGUAUAUGCCUAAUGGAUCACUUGACAGGCAUAUAUUUUGUGAUAGCCGCGGAAAUUUAGAUUGGACAACAAGAUACAAAAUUGGACUAGGGAUUGCAAGAGGGUUGGCCUAUCUACAUAGCGGGUGCAGGGAAUGUAUCAUACACUGUGACAUAAAGCCGGAGAAUAUACUGCUAGAUGACGAAUAUAAUCCCAAGAUUGCUGAUUUUGGCCUUGCAAAACUUCUAUGCAGAGACUUCAGUCGAGUACUGACAACGAUGAGAGGAACAAGAGGCUAUCUUGCACCCGAGUGGAUUUCAGGUGCACCCAUUACAUCAAAGGCUGAUGUAUACAGCUACGGAAUGAUGCUUUUUGAGAUUAUAUCCGGCAGGAGAAACUGGUCUGUAAGAACCAAUGGGGAAAACGAUUACUUUCCUAUCCAAGUCAUGCAGAAAUUGAUGAGUAAUGAAGAUGUUAUAAGCUUGAUAGACAGUAAACUAGAAGAAACUGUCAAUGCAGAAGAAUUAAUCAGGGCUUGUAGAGUUGCAGGCUGGUGUAUCCAAGAAAAUGAGGAAGAUAGACUGUCUAUGAUAAAUGUUGUGCGAAUUUUGGAAGGAGUCGUGGAAGUGGCUACCCCUCCAAUUCCAAGAUUUCUGCAACAUGUUACAGAAAUCCCGGAGGAUUCUACAGCUUACCAUACAUGUAUUGUUGAGUGAUAACUAACCAACUCGUCAUCAAAAUGACAGUGAAUGAAAAUUUCAUAUUCAUUGUAAAACUGUAAUAGGCCAUAUAUAUCCAUGUUACUUGGUAUAAUUGGCAAAAUUAAGGCCAAAGUUUCUUUCCUAUGUUUGUCUGAACGUACUCCUAAUCUAAUGGAUACGUACAAGACUCGAAGUUGUAUUUCUUUAUCAAAUGCAGACAUCUGCAUUUCUUUUGUUGAGUGAAAGUUGCAGUUAGAGUUACUUAUCUGCCAUACAAAAGACGCUAUCAUAAAGCUGUACUAGUACUAGUUUUUUUUUUAGUGAUUGUUAAAGUGUAUCAAUAAUCUACCCUCUUAAUCUGAUUAUCAGGAUUAUGUUAAGCUACACAAAUUAACAUAUGACUAAUGCAACUAUAUCAAUAAUACAUAGAUUAUGACUCCGACAAAAUAUACUUCUUCCAUUUAUUUUCUACAGCAACAUAUAUUGUCCAUAAUGAAUGUAUCUAAAUAUCAUAAAUACCUAAUGCGAAUAUUCAAACAAAUGCAUCUCCCCUACCAUGAGUUUUUUUUUCUCCUUUUUAUUAAAUGCAGUCAAUGAAAUUUAGCAAAGACUGAAAUUAUAUAGAUUGGCCUUAAAAAAAAAAUAAAAAAUAAAAAACCGGAGAAGUUACAAGGUUGCUGAAUUGAAAAGGAUAUUAGAGUGAGACUUGAUACAAAGACAAAAGUAUGUUCAACUAAUCAACUUAACUAAUGUUGACGCAGAAAUCAGACAAUAAUAUGGUCCGAUUUGAAAAGUAUUCUUCUUUUAGCUACGGAG